AUAAUAAAAAACCUAAUUCCUGGGCACCAGAAGUGGAAAGCAUAAUCAGAAACCUUGAAGGCCUUAAUUAUCAGCUAUUCUCCUGGAUGCAUAUCGCUCUUCUGUUUCCCGAAGCAUUUACAGGGAAAGGCUCCUUGGAGAUUUUAGACAAUGGGAGCUGUAAAGUUGGAACUUCAUUGUCCCCAAAGUGUUGAUGGAAUCGCCUUGGACCCUGAGCCGGAUUGGAACUUUGAUGCUUUAUUAUCAGAGCUUAAUUCAUUGGAAAUGAAGCUCAAUACCUCUGCAAAGGUUCCUGCACGUUUCACCAAAUCAAGACUGCGAGACUUCUCAAAUGAGAAGAGUGAUGAUAAAUGUCCUAGGCCUUUUGUAAUGCAUGUGUUCGAGGAUGAGAUGGAGGAUUCUGAAAGUGAUGGUGAGGACAAUCGAAGAUUAGUGCCUGCGAAACGGUUCAAAUGUGAAAAACAUUAUUUGAGUGAUGAUUCUGAUGAUGAGUUGGCUCUUGAGUUCCAGUCCUACUUGAUGGAUGAAGUGGGAUUGGUAGAAAGUGCUUUAUGUGAACUAACAUAUGAAUAUCAAGUUGAUACUAAGGAGAAGAUUAGGAACAAAAUUUCUGCACUAGAGACAGAUUUGAUGGGUGAAACUGAAAAGUCUGCUUCUGCACUCACUCGAGUUGAGAAAUAUAGAGAAGUAAGACGGGAAAUCGAUAAGAAACUUGACACUCAAUAUCAGCGCAAGAUCGCAGAAGCACUUGAUAAUCAUUUGACUGCUGUUCAGCGGGACCAUGAAUUGAGAUCACAAAUAGAAGAAAGAAAAAUAAGAAGUGAUGCAGCUUAUGAAGAGGCCAAAAGAAAGGAAAAGGCUCUCCAAGAAGAAAAAAUACGCCAAGAAAAAGCUAGAGCAGAAUCUGAGGCAAGACUUAGAGCUGAGGAAGCAAAAAGAGCUGCUUUAGAAGUUGAGAGAAGAGAGGCAAAAGAAGCUGCUGAAAGGGAAGCUAAUGAAACAGCAGCAAAGGUUGCUGCUGGGGUGGCACAAGAAGCAGCUGCAGGAUGCCAACUGGAUGCCAAUUCAGGAAUUUCAAAUGAAUCCAAAGGAUUUCCAUCUGAUGAAUCAAAAAACCCACAAUCAGAUGGUAACGUUCUCAGGGCUGCUGAAAGUGCUCUUCUUUUAGAGCAGGGGAGACUACAAAAACUUCAGCAGAUAGAGGAAAGUAACCAGGCUUUGAGGUUAACUCACAAUAAGGAUUUCAGCAGCUAUGAAAGACAUAUUGCUAGGUUGAUAAGACAAAUAAGUGGGACAAAAGAGAUCGUCAGAGAAAAGUCACAUGAAAUUGUAAAGAUUUUCAAUGAUCCUCUUUGCCCUCAGCCCAUCAGCAUUGCAGCAUUUGCAAAGAAGGUAGUCUCUCGUUGUGAAAGCCCAGAUAAUGAUGCUUUUGCAUGUGGCUAUGUCAUCGUUCUUGUUAUUUCACAGGUUCCACAUGCAAUGGAUCUCCUUCUAGCCGAGUUACACAGAGCCUGCACUUACACUGUUCCAAAGCACAUAAUUUACUCAAAGUCGGCAUUUGAAUCCAAAGAAGCUUAUUACAAGGCCAUCGGAUACCGGGAAACAGAAGGAAAGAUUGAGAGCAUUGGGGACUAUUUGAGACGGUUAGAGUCCUACAUGAAACUGUAUGGGGCCAUCAUUCAGACAGAAGUGCAGGGUGUCCGGAACAUACAUGGCCUGAAAGAAGGUUGGGCAUGGAUUGCACGGUUCUUAAACACUAUGCCUGCCAAUAGAUAUACUGCCGUUGCAUUGAAUGCAUUCCUGCAAAUGGCAGGGUUUGCUCUCUUCAGAAAAUAUAAAUCUCAGUUCAUGAAGGUGCUGAGCAUCAUCUCUAACAAUUUUCUGGAAGCACUGAAAGCACGUGAAGAGUCGGGGUUAAGAGCGACCAUUGUUGAGAUUCAAGCUUACAUGGAAGAUAAGAAGUUCCUAAAGGAGCCAGAGGGAAAAGCCCUGCAGGGUUCAUUGCUAUCAAGUGUUAUGGUGCCGGAGCCAGAUUACUACAACUCGUAUUCUCGCCAGCAACCAAAUAAAUAUUUCUACUGAUUUAAAUAUUACCAAGACUUCAUCUCACUGGUUUUUUUUUUUUUUUGUUUGUACUGCAAUUUGUGUAUUGUCUCCAACGAUUUAAAUCAGAUUCAAAACCAGCAUGCAGAGUACCCUUUGUUAUAGUAAAAUGACUCUUCCUCGUGCCUUAUUUUCA